AUGGAUUUACGAACACUGAACGAGACCUCUACGUUCUUGGAGUGUGUGGGAGCGCAAGACGCUGUGUCAAACAGAACAAUGAACGCCAGUCUGGGACUCACAAACAUCACCACCUGUGGAAACGAGUCCGUGGUGCUCAAACCGCAGCAUGUCAAACAGAAAGAGGUGGACUCUCUGCGUAUCCUGCUCUAUUCGGUCAUCUUCCUCCUCAGUGUGUUGGGCAACCUGCUCAUUAUCGUGGUCCUGGCAGUCAACAAGCGCAUGAGGACGGUCACCAACUCCUUCCUGCUGUCCCUGGCGGUCAGCGACUUGAUGAUGGCCAUCUUCUGCAUGCCCUUCACCCUCAUCCCCAACCUCCUGGAGGACUUCAUCUUUGGAGCCGCCAUGUGCAAGAUAGUGGCCUACCUCAUGGGUGUAUCCGUGAGCAUCUCCACCUUCAGCCUGGUUGCCAUAGCGAUCGAGCGCUACAGCGCCAUCUGCAACCCGCUGAAAUCGCGGGCUUGGCAGACCCGUUCCCAUGCCUACCGGGUGAUCGCCGCCACCUGGUUCCUGUCCUUCAUGAUCAUGACUCCCUACCCCGUGUUCAGCCACCUGAAGCAUGUUCCCCUAAAGGACAACAUCACCAUCGCACGCAUGUGUCGCCACAUCUGGCCCUAUCCGGAGGUGGAGCAGGCCUGGAACAUGAUGUUGCUGCUUACGCUCUUUGUUGUUCCGGGGGUGGUGAUGAUUGUGGCCUAUGGACUCAUCUCCAGAGAGCUGUACCGGGGAAUCCAGUUUGAGAUGGUUCAGAAGACAUCAUCCCCCGGUCUAAAGAACGGUCUGACCACCACCGGGGCUUGUGGCAGCGACGAAGGUGAUGGAUGCUACGUCCAGCUCGCCAAGCGACCGCGCUCCAUGGAGAUGUCCACUCUGACAUCAUCGACGGCAACCGCGUCCAAAUUGGAGCGUCCCCGCAGCAACACCUCGGAGGCCAAGCUCUUGGCCAAGAAGCGCGUAAUCCGGAUGCUGGUGGUGAUUGUUGCUCUGUUCUUCCUGUGCUGGUUGCCCCUCUACUGCGCCAACACCUGGAAGGCUUUCCACCCUGUCUCUGCCCGCCGUGCCCUCUCUGGUGCCCCCAUCUCCUUCAUCCACCUCCUGUCCUACACCUCGGCCUGUGUCAACCCCAUCACCUACUGCUUCAUGAACACACGCUUCCGCACUGCGCUGCUCGCCACCUUCGCCUGCUGCUGCCGCCCGCCCUGCCGACACAGACGCCACGGGCUGCGGGAUGGAGAGGAGGACGCCAUGGCUAUGGGGGUGUCCAUGUCCAAAUUUAGUUACACCACGGUCAGCACUAUGGGGACGUGCUGAGGGAGGAACCAUUGACUGACUGGGGGACGAGGGGGACAUAGGGGGACAAGGGGGACAUGGGGGGAAACCAGAGAGAUAUGUUAUGUCAUUCAUAUAGGGAAACUGUCAACCUGCGGACGGUAGGUAUGGGGAGAUGCACCCACGGGCUAUAGGGAAACCAACGCCUGACCAUUACUGCAACGCUAAUGUCAAGGCAGCCAAUGGGGUCAGAGAGAUUGUUAGAUAUGUCUAUCUGAAGGGAUGAACUAAGCAUGGGUAAAUCAAACCUGUAGUAUACACUCAAAUAGGGAAAAUACUCAUGACCCAUGGAGAAUGCUUUCCUAACAUACCCACAGGAAAAUGAUACACCGUUUAAUAGUUGCCAAACAAAAGAAAAUAAGGAAAUAUUAUCGUAGCACAGUUUUGCGUUAGCAUUUGUCCCAAGUGAUGGGAAAACAAUGUUUUGUUCAAUAGUAUACGUAUCCCAAUGUAGUUAUUUCAAUCAUGUUUACUGAUGAAUCCCUCAUAUAGGACGGGGAAUUAUUAUGUGGGUGGGAUAUAAGGGAUAUGUGUUGGUAGCACAGGCGGCUGGUGGCACCUUAAUUGGGGAGGACGGGCUCAUAGAAAUGGCUGGAAUGAAUGAAAUGGUAUCGAACACAUCAAGCACGUGGUUUCCAUUCCAUUUACUCCAUUCCAGACGUUUCUAUGAGCCGUCCUCUCAGCAACUCCUAUGGUUAGCAGGGCGGUGUACACCUGAAUGAUAAGCUUUAGGGGUUUCGCAGGGCAGUAGCUUGACACGCAGUAUCAGUAAUACCUUUACUUAUUGUCACUUUACUUUGGAUGUUAAAAUGCUGAAUAUGUGCUUGUUAUUAGUGUCGUCAAUGUCCUGAAGGUAGGAACUCUGUUGUGCCUGCCUAUAAAAUGUUGCGCUUUCUUCAAGCAUUAUUAUCUUCAAGCAUUAUUUGUUUUCUGGGCUGUGGACUGUGUCAUUGUAAAUAGAGUGUUACAUUGUGCUCUUAACCAGACUGGGUUGGGUGUGGAUUGGAGGCCAGACUUAACUGCGACCAACCCAACCUUAGUGAAGACAGCAGAGAACACAACUAAGGAACGGGGGCUUUGGAGAUGUACCGUUACUUCAUAUUUGGGCUGUUAAUCUGGAUCCAGACAAUUGUUAUCACAGUAGACUGCCUGAUUCUGUUUUAGAGGUGCAUCUUUGCUUUUUUGAAACAGUAUGUGCUCUAUGGUCAACUAAAGCGCCAUCUGGUCUGUGUAUCCACUGCAGGGUUGCUAUUUGUCUUUGUUGUGUCGCUGCUAACAGGGUGUGUAAUGGUACUUAGCUGAGCAGGGGACGGACACAACCGACUGAGUGGCUCACGUAUUAUCUAGGUAUAGCCCAAAUCACGGGCUUAUGCAGCUCUUUAAAAAUGAUAUUAUUUGGAGGCUGCUGUUUGAAAUUAAAAUGAGAUGUUUGGAACUGAAUUACUGCUCCCUCUGAGUUACCAAACACAUCAUUAUUAUACACUAUACUGUCUUGUCAUCUGUCUGGCUGCAGGGUGGUGCACAUUCGUUAUAUUUGAUGCUCUCUUUUUGGCGUCUCUGUUGGGCAGGUUGGCGUUGUCCUUCAUGCAUGAGGUUGAUCUGGCAUCCUAAUCCCUAUAUAGUGCACUACUCUGGUCAAAAGUACUGCACUAUAUAGAGGACAGGGUGGCGUUUCAGAAGCAGGCCUGAGUCUCUUCCUCAUCCACUCUGCUUGUACUAAUUGUGUUAUGACCUCAGCCUGUGAGAGUGGAGGGUAUACUUCUCUCAGCCCCACUACAACACAAUGCUGUCAAUUUCACCAAGAAAGAUGUAUGGUGUGCUUUUUAAGGUAAUUUGUGAGGGGCACAGGUCCAUCAUUUGGUUGAACAGUACGGACAAGCGACCGUUCCGUGUGGCUGCCCCCAAAUGUAUGUAUGGAAUCUAAAAGCGCUCGUGAUUUGUUGAACUCUCCAUAGUUGCUAUAGUUUUAGGACUAGACCAUGUCGAGACAGACUGUUGCGAUUUCCUUCUGAAGGGAGAUAAGGAGUCAAGCGCAGGAGAGCAGAGAUGUCAAUGUAGCGUUUUUUUAAUAGGCAAGUCCAAAAACGGUACAGGUACAAUCACCAAAAGGAAACGCCCAAGACAAUGGGAACUCACAGUUACACACAGGAGGAGAAAAAACAAACGCUCCUUACUAUAAUAAACACACGUGAAUAACUGAGGAAAGCCUCCACAAGCAACAUGAAAAUAAUCCCACACAAUCCUAAGCAGGGAAACGGGUAAAUAUACACACAGGAAUUAAAGCAAAUGAAAACCAGGUGUGAAUGAACCAAAGGUGUGAAAUGAACAAACGGAAAAAGAAAAAUGGAUCGGUGAUGGCACCCGGCAGCCGUCUCAUCGUACUCCCUCGGGAGCGCGAGCCGAAUACCACUGGACCCAGGCGACGAAUGAGAGGGUUGUGGGGCUGGUUGUAUUGUGGCCGGUGGAGGUGUAUGAAGGCAACCUCUCUCCCACCUGUCCAUCGUCGCCAUCACCUGAUCCAUCGCAGUGCACAGACGUUGCAGUUCUGCCGUAUGUUGUUGAACGAUGCCGACCGCCGACCACCGCCCACCGAGCACCGUCCGCCGAGCACCGCCCGCCGAGCACC